UUGAGAGAAUUAAGACAAAGAGAGAUAGAAUAUUCUUCAGUUCUUCUUCUUGUAGCUUUGCAACCCAACUUAUAACCAUAACCCAUACUAAACCUUGUAGCAUGGCGAUCAACAGAGUACUUAGUGUCCUUCUAAUCUUCCUCAUGAUCAUCAUGUCACGUGACCAUACAUCUAUGUGCGUACAAGGCCGGCAUUUGAGGCCGCCGGCGGUGAGUGAUCCUUCUACCAAGGUGUCGUCCGAGCUACUAGGCGGGAAGGUGGUGGCGGCGGCCGGCGGCGUGGAGAGGAAGAUGGAUUACAAUGUGGAUGAUUUCCGACCAACCACGCCGGGGCAUAGCCCGGGAGUUGGGCACUCCAUCAAUAAUUAAAUUAACAGAGAUAGUUGCCAUUUUCCAAGUGAUCGAAACCCCACGUUUCCAUUCUUCUUUGUUUUUUGUGUCUCCAUUGUUUUUUGGUCCUUUUGUUGCCGUUGGGUGGCCGGAGGCAGAUUUGGCUUUGUGUUGGUUAGUUUCUUUUUUUUUUUUUCAAGUGGAGAUGGCCGUGGGGAAGAGCAGAGGAGAUGUGGGGAGUGCUUUAGAUUUGCAUCUUCUGAAUUUUCAAAUUUUGGUGUAUAGAGGAGGCUACAGAUUAAUAUGUCGAAACUUUGAACGUAGUUUCAAAUGAGUUUGCUCUCUUAAAACUUGUGUUUGAGCCUCCCAUCUGCUGGAUUUCGAGAUAUUUGAGGCAGGAUUCGAACAAAACACCUCUCGACCAGAGAAGUUCUGAUAUCAUGUUAAACACCAGUUGAUUCCAAUAACUUCGAGUUGUUGGGAGAGGGGUUCAAUAAUGAAUCUUGUACCACACUCACUAACACAAACAUCAUCCUUGUUUUGAAUUUUGACCUUUUUAUCUCCUACCAAUAUGAAUAAUAGUUACGUAUAUCAACAAAGGAAUGAAUCGGCAAAAUAUUAUCUGAAAAUUUAUGAAUCAUCGAAAGUCUACGAUAAAGUCAUAUAUAAGGUAAGUCAAAAUCAUGCUUUAAAACUUAAAAAACUUACGAUUUGUACAAAUGGCAAAGGUCUCGACCCAACUCCCACCAUAAGACGAAUGAUGUGAACUAAACUAAGUCAUGCCCUCUUUGCAAUCUCUAAAGAGACCUCUCAUUUAGGGGCACAACCACCCUUAGGGUUGGCGUAGUUCCUUCAUCAUGAAAAGAUAGAAAAAAGGGGAGGCAGAGCAUGACACAUAACCAUGAAGGAAGAAUUAGCUAGCACACAAUGUUGUGUCGAGUUUAAAUAGGCCAAGCAGCAAGCCGCAAAAUUUGGCCGGCAAAUUGAACCGGCCGGCAGGACUGUAAUUUUGUAACCCCACAUUUUGUACUGUUUGUCCGAUGCCCUAAAGCACCACUAAUUAGCACCAUUGCGCCAACCUAAAGUACUCCGUACGCCAAAAUCCUUUUUCAUGAUCUAUUGUUAUCUCCCAUCGCACGAUUUUAAGGUGCAUAAUGAUACAGAACUAUCAUCAUCGCGGCAGAAGCCUUUGUUGCGAAAAUAGAUGGAUGAGUUGCGCCUGUCUGGUAUGAAAGUUACGAUUGUUAUUACGGUCUCCUACUCUUCAAACACUGUAAAAAUGAGGGCGUUUGAUACAUACAAAUUCAGAAGCCUACACUACCGUUACCCUACUUCUAUGGAGAUUCCUUCAAAAGCUCCGCGAUUACAACUAAGGCUACAGUUAUAGAGGAUCAUUCAUUGAGGAAAGCUCCGUAAACUACAAAAGAAAAGGGGUAGUUGAAACAAGUUAUGGGUGUGUUAGAUUGUGAUUGUGUCGUUUUUCUCUAGAAGCUUGCUUCAAGUUUUGUUACAAAGAGUCAUCCAACUCCUCUCUCUCAUCUUUUCGAAAAGUAGCUCCAUAUCAUCUAAACUAGUCAGUUGUCAUCAAUGGAAGUCUAUAUGCACAUUAUCGUGUCAAAAUAGUCAUCCACAUCCACCAUGUUGUCAUGUUAUGUAACACCCAUAUCUUCUUCUUCUUCCUUACUUCCUCUUUUUACUCUUCUCUUAUAAUUUUUAGAUCCAAUCCUUACCCUGGAUCCCUCUUGUUUCUCUAGUUUGAUGAGGAAGAAGGAGAGAAAUGGUGGAGUCGGUUUGGGGGGAGGAAGAGAAGAAGAACAAAGGUGAUCAGCGGCGGAUCCAGAACACAGAAGUGCACUGGGCCGCAUUUUAUUAGAAAAUUAGAAUAGUAAAAAAAUAUAAUGAUU